AUGGCGGCACCGCGCCGACCGGUGCUCUUGCUCGACGUCGACGGCGUGCUGAAUCGCACGGCGACGGCGAAACAGAUCGCGCUGGACGAAGACUUGAUCGCGCUGCUGCGGGACGUCGCGGAGCGGUCGGCGUGCGAGGUGGUGCUGACGACGUACUGGCGGUACUUUGAGGAAUACUUGGCGUACGCGUUCGAACGGCACGGAUUGCCGAAGGGCGCGGUGGCGGGGCGAACGGCGGGCGAACCGCACCGGAGCGACUCGGUCGCGCACGACUCGAAGGUUCCGGAACUUCGCGUGCUGGAGAUCGAGCGGUACAUGCGAGAGACGCACGGUGAGGACGAGACCGCGUGGCCGCCGUUCGCCGUGGUGGACGAUAAGGAGGUGGUGAGCGCGGAGCAUCGUUGGCGAGGACGGUUCGUGCGCACGAAGCACGACGUCGGCUUGACGAAAGCGCAGGCGGACGCGUUGAUCGACAUCUUGUCGCGUUGA